UUUGUGAAAUAGCCGGUUGAGUGGGCGUUGGGACUUGGCUACUUGGGAGAUUUCACAGUAUUUACCUUGUACUACGGCCUUGCUACUCUUCAUCUUCACUAAUACUCUAGCACCUUUGCUGAACUAACUUCGAUUCUGUGACCGUCUGAUUCUGCGAAACUACUUUUAUAACCCCUUGUAAACCAAAGACGAGAUGCCUAUCCGAAGCAACUGGAGCCUUGCGCGCGAGGGAAUUACCUUCGACACGGUCGUCAAUCUCAUCACGAGCACCGCCCUGAACCCUCAUCUGACUCUCCCACUCUACCUCCUGGGCAAGUAUACUGCCAAAGGACAAGAGAUCGCUGGUCAGAAUGGGAAGAUAUUCGACCGGCUGAAGAUCGCCCUUGCCAUUGGGGCGAUUCGCGCCGCCAGUUCAUGGCUUGACAAGGCUGUGCUGAACAACUUCAAGAGCGACGUUUACGACUGGAACAAGGAGGUUGUCGUCGUUACUGGUGGCAGCGAUGGCAUUGGCAAGAUUGUCACGCUCUUGCUCGCCGAGAAGGGCAUUAAAGUCGCGGUUCUUGAUAUCCAACCACUCACAUUCACCGCGCCGCGAAACGUCCACUACUUCAAUUGCGAUUUGGCCAACGCCAGCGCCAUCACGGAGACUGCGCAAGAGAUCACCGCCAAGCUCGGUGCCCCCACCGUCCUGAUCAACAACGCUGGCUUCGCCCGCAAGCAGAGCAUUGUCGAGUCCAGCCCCAAAGCUGUCGACCUUACGUUCGCCAUCAACACCGUGGCUCACUACCAUCUCGCGCGGGAAUUCCUCCCCUCCAUGAUCAAGAACAACCACGGCAUGGUCGUCACCGUCGCAUCGCUGGCUGGCCACGUCACUGCGCCGAAUAUGGUCGACUACGCCGCGUCCAAGGCCGCUGCAGUUGCGUUCCACGAGGGUCUGUCGGCGGAGAUCCCAACCCUGUACAAGGCGCCGAAGAUCAGGACUGUCCUCGUCUGCCAGGGUUACACCAAGACCCCUCUCUUCGAGGGCUUCGCCAAGGGUGACGGCUUCAUGCAAUACAUGCUGUACCCGGAGACCGUGGGAGAGGAGAUCGCCAAGGCCGUCCUCUCUGGCCGAAGCAAUUAUAUCGUUCUGCCAGCCAACAGCUGGGGAGUGGCAAUGAAACUGCGAGCCCUGCCACUUUGGCUCCAAGGCCACAUGCGCAAGGACUUGGUCAAAGUUAUGGCACAAUUCCGCGGUAGGCAAGUUGAGCAGCCAAGUGAGAAGUCGUAAGCUUGGCAGAAAAUUCGCGGAGAUUAAUCAGGGGUUUAUUAAUCGUUCGAAUGGUGCUGAAUUAGUAACAUGAGCGUUUCUAACCUUUAAGCGACCGUGGCCGUGGCAGAGGCAGCAGUUGGUGCACCUCCUUUGCCUGUGGGU